GGGCCAAGGAACUUAGUUCGCGUUAAGAGUGCAACGAUGUUGGUUCUCUUUCUGUAUCUUGCAGUCGCGUCUGCUUAUUCGCCGCUACCUGAUGACGUGGUUACCAACAGGACCGAAUGGAUAGGCACCAAACGUGUAGCAACUACAUUUAGACACAAGUACGUCACCCACAACGGCGGCAUAAAUGACAACACGUUCAGUACCCUCCCCUACAUCACCAUCACAGCCACCAACCACGUGUCGGAUGAGGCUCUACACAAGGCAGCACUUGACGUCAGUCUGGUGGUACGCAACAUGCCUGAUGACGUGUUUAACGGUAUCGCCACGUCACAUGGGGUUGGCAUCUUCUCCAAGUCCGAGGGGAUGGUGGUCUACCCUGAAAACGCCCAUCUAGCUGACACUGCAGCAUGUAGCGGUAGAUGCGAUGGAGCGUGCAGCUACACGUGUACUGUUGACAACCGGAAGUGGACAACUAUUGCCGGUCUAACCAAUCAGCGUUCCUCUGUGCUGGACGACAAUGUGUUGUGUGACGCCACAAGGAAAAUCUGCUCAUCCACGAGUUUGGCCAUCAUUCUUGCUGCAUACAGUAACGCUCGCAGUCAUCGUCUGUGGACACUUGGCGUGUACGGAAUGGUGAAUGCUGAUGAGUACUGGGCUGAGGCAACUGCCUCCUUCUUCAUGGCUGUCAUUAGGACGGACGUCACGGCUGGCAUGAACAUGUGUGGCACAUCCAGCCCAUGUUCGUCCGAGGCGGCUGCUAGAGACUACUUGAAGAGACAUGACCCGCGAUUGUAUGAAGUCCUGGAAUACGCCUACACCAACAACAGACCACAGAUCAGGAGCGGCCUCAAGCCAUGCAUUUAAUCUGCUAGUAUACCUGCUAAUGAAGAUGUUUGUACAUACAUAUUGUAUGAAAAUGUACACGCAAUAAAUUCUUGAAGCGCA